GGGCUGGGAACCUCGCACAUGUGUUUCCCAUCGGCGGCCGCGGGGAGCCAGGCCCGGCGCUGCGGCUCCCGGGGCCCGAGUAGGGUUUCCAAGCCGGCGGCCCCAGCCGGGGGAACGACGCUGUUCAGGAAAUUCUUAGGCCUGGGCAGGGACUUGGCCGCUGCUCGCAGCUGGAAAAUGUGAGCGAGCCCGGGAGGCCCGUCCAAGGGCUGGGCCGGGCCGCCUCCCCUCCACCUCCCAGCGGGCGGGCCCCUCGGCACAGCCCGGCCCGCGCACAGCCGCGCGCAGCAGAGAUGCCCCUGGAGCAGUACCCGCACAGCCGCAGCGCCCUGCCCGGCGACGGCCCGCACGUCUACAAGGUGGGCAUCUACGGCUGGAGGAAGCGCUGCCUCUACUUCUUCGUCCUGCUCCUCAUGAUCCUCAUCCUGGUCAACCUGGCCAUGACCAUCUGGAUCCUGAAGGUCAUGAACUUCACGAUUGACGGAAUGGGGAAUCUGAGGAUCACAGACAAAGGCCUCAGGCUCGAGGGAGAUUCCGAGUUCUUACAGCCUCUCUACGCCAAAGAAAUCCAGUCUCGACCCGGGAAUGCUCUGUACUUCAAGUCGGCCCGUAACGUCACCGUGAACAUCCUCAACGAGCAAACGCGAGUGCUCACGCAGCUCAUCACAGGUCCCAAAGCCGUGGAGGCUUAUGGCCAAAAGUUCGAAGUGAAAACCGUGUCUGGCAAGUUGCUCUUCUCCGCUGAUGACGAUGAGGUGGUGGUCGGCGCCGAGCGGUUGCGGGUUUUAGGAGCGGAAGGCACCGUGUUCCCCAAAUCCAUCGAGACGCCAAAUGUCAGGGCAGACCCCUUCAAAGAGCUGAGGUUGGAGUCGCCCACACGCUCCCUGGUGAUGGAGGCCCCCAAGGGGGUGGAAAUCAACGCGGAGGCCGGCAACCUGGAGGCCACGUGCAGGGCCGAGCUCAGGCUGGAGUCCAAAGAUGGAGAGAUCAGGCUGGACGCCGCGAGCAUCAGACUCCCCCGGCUGCCCCACGGGGCCCACGCGCCCGCGGGCGCCCGGCAGAAGGUGUUCGAGAUCUGCGCGUGCGCCAACGGCCGGCUCUUCCUGGCGCAGGCGGGCGCAGGCUCCACGUGCCAGGCCCACACCAGCGUCUGCCUCUGAGCGCCUCGGCCACCUCCGUGUACAUAAAUAAAUGUGUAUAGCCUCUGUAUAGAAGGUUUCGGGGGCAAGGGAAGCCCGGGUGACCCUGAGAGACCCACUUUCAUCUGCAUCGCACCCCCCCACCACCACACCCCCCCAUCCCCCUCUCUCCUGCAGGCUGGACGCGGUCACGCCCGCCUGCCUGUCCCCGCCCAUUUCCUCGUGCUGAGACCCCCAGGGCUGGGGUGGGGGGCAGGAAUCAGAGUGCAGCCCCCACCCCUCUCACUUCCUGGGGGCAACAACCCCCACCCCGACCGACCCCACUCUGGCUGGGCAGGGGGAUGCCGGGUAGGAGCAGGGGAACCUCAUUCUACUACAGGGUGGGGGUGAGGGGCUGGAGCGAUAGCACAGCGGGGAGGGCGUUUGCCUGGCAUGCAGCCGACCCAGGUUCGAUCCCCGGCAUCCCCUAGGGUCCCCUGAGCCCUGCCGGGAGUGAUUCCUGAGUGCAGAGCCAGGAGGAACCCCCUGAGCGUGGCCGGGUGUGACCCAAAGGGCCAAAAAACAAAACAAAACAAACAAACAAAAAAAACGGGUAGGGGUGUCCCAACGGGUCGCAGAGAGGAGGCACCCACCAGGGCCACGUUUUGGGGGAGGGGUGAUGCUCUGUAUACUCCCCCCCAAAAAUAAAAAGCAUUGAGAGUCAGAAAUGGCCCAUGGUAUGAGGGGGGUCGGGUACCCCAGCGUGCCACGGGUGCUCCCGGGUUCUCCUCCCGACACCCAGAUAUCUGGCACAGAGGGCCUGAGAUUUUUUAACCCCUCACAGCCCUCCUCACCCCCUCCCAGACCUGGGGUCCCCCUCAGAGCACCAGUGUCCUGGGGCCACUGCACCCCGAUUCCUGUCCUCACUGCCCUUCCCCCCAUCAUACACCCCACCCCCCACUCACCCCAUUCCCCCCCCCCCCGCCCCCGCCGCCUCACUGCCAUCCCCACCUCCAGGGUCGCCCCGGCCAGCUCUUGCGCCGAGACCGGGCUGUCAUCUCUGUUUAAAGAGGGGAACCACACCUUUGCCUUAAGGCCCGCCUCGCAGCCACGAAAAGCACAUCCUGUUUAGGGCACCGCGAGCCAUCCGUCCUUCCUGUGGGGCCAGGAGAGGGGCGGGGAGGGGGGGUCGGGGGGAGGGGGACCACUGCCGGCCCAGGCAGCUGGGCCUGACGGGCGGGCGGGAGUGGACACGGAGAGGGCCAGGGCCAGGGACGAACAGCCCUGACGGCAUCCCGUUUCUCCCUCAUGGUGUCCCACCCAUUGGGAGUCCCUAGAAACGGGGUCCAGGGUGGCUGCCAGCCCCCACGCGCUCAGUGCAGGCUCAAGCGUGUGGGGUCCAGGGGCUGCCCUGACCCCCACUUCGCCCCCCCCCUCCGGUCAUAAUGCACGGACACCCCCCACACACACCUGGGGUGGGGACGGGGGGGGGUGGGACCUUCUGAGUUGUUGGUGGGUCGCAGUGUCUGAGCCCCACCAGGAAGCCAUAUAGAAACUCUGGGUCAUCGUCACUGAGAUCCCAAGGGGGCCCCCAACAAUGCCCACAUCCACACGCACCCCAAGGCCCCCCGGACCCCCGAGUCCACCCCAUAAACCGUGAGCUCCCUGGGGGCCAGGACCAGACACGGGGUCCACAGCCCGGACCCCCCCCCCAGUAUCUGUGGGUGAAGGGAAACUAUAUGGAACCUGUUUCCUCUGGAUUCCUUCAAACCAGGGCCUCGGAGCCCGGGGUCAGGCCUUUGGGGCCAGUGAGGGGAAAUUCGAUGAGCACCCUCACUCUCCAACCCUCCCCCCAAACAAAAGCCCACUUCAUCCAUGGAGGUGAUGGAUCCCACAGUCAAUGAAAGAAAUGAGCACUGAGAUGGAAGCAAUUCCAAUUCCUGGGCUUGGGAGGGGGCUGGGGGGGUGCUGGUUUUUGUUGGUGUUAAGUGACCCCCCACACACACACACCGGGACUUUGCACCUGGAUGCAAGGCGGCUUUCCAGGGCCAGAUCUGGGAAGAUGCUUCCAAAAUGGUUUCAGGCACUUCCUCUCUCCUCCCCUGAGCACCCAAACUCCCCGACAAUAAAUUAUCAGGAGCAGUCUGAGGUCAAAACACAAACCUAGGGCUUCUAACUUGGACAUUAAAAAAUAAUAAUAAUAAUUACAUAUCUUGGGUUUUAAAAAGCCAGACUCCCUGGGGGCGGUCUCCUAGAUAGUCACACGGGAGGGGGGGUCACCCGUAUAAAGGGGUCUCGAGUCCUCCAGCCCCCUUCCACCUUCCAGAACCCGGGCGGGGAACAUCCAGCCCAGGAGCUGCGGCCCUGACAUCCCAGGGGCUGGCCCGGGGCCUCCCGCUCCUGACCGCGUUGUGGCCCGUUUGCCUGUGCCCUGGGUCCGAGAGUGAGGCUGGGGGUGCCCCGGGCUCCCCAGCCCUGCUCUCGUGGGUCCGAGGGCAUCCCCAUCCUUCUGCAAUUUCACUGUGUCCCCUCCCUGUGAAAUACCGAGCACUCUUGUAUCGUGCCCAUCCUUGGGAAGAGUCCCAGGUGUGGCAGACGCUGCCCCCAAAACCUGUCCUCUAGGGAAAGGGGUGUGUGGGGGGGAACAGCAGGCACCAUAGUGUACCCUGCACAUGGCUUUAGCAUCACUGUGUCACCGACGAGACAGGGCAGGUGACCUCACCAUGGCUUGGUGACCUCAGGCGAGGAGGCCCACCCAAGCCAGUUGAGGUUGGGGGGCUCUGGUGUACCCCCGGUGUUGAGACCACCCCUCCCUCCGUGUUGCUGCUGCAGGGGUGUCCACUGGCAGGGCUGACCAGGAGGCAGAGAUCCCAGCGCUGCGGAGUGAGGGACAGUCAGUCCUGCCCACAGCCAGGAGUGUGGCACCACACGGGGCCGGAGGGACAGUCCAGAGGGGAGGGGGCACUGGCCUUGCACAACAAAGCUGACCCGGGUUCGAUCCCUGGCACCCCACUAGGGUCCUCUGAGCCCUGCCAGGAGGGAUCCCUGGGUGCAGAGCCAGGAGUAACCCCUGAGCAUCGCUGGGUGUGGCACAGACAGACAGACGGACAGACAGACUGCAGUUCCCGCCCCCUGCCCCCCGGAAGACACCCCUGGGAGCGCUUUCAAAAAGCACCAGGGUGUCAGAGGCUUGUAUCACCUGCAGGGCCAGACCACUGGGGGGACCACAGGGCUCCCCUUGAGGGUCACGGGCACCCGGGAUAGCAAGCAAAGAGCCAGUGGUCACCCGAGCCCCUCCUGGCCUGCUGUCCUGGGCUUGACCCUCACGGCCUGUGGGAAUCCACCCUGUCCUUGUAGAAAGAGGACUCGGGGGGCAGGGGUAGGGGGAUGGGGCACUAGGACAGCCGGGAGGGCACUUGCCUGGCACAUGGCUGACCUGGGUCCAAUCCCUGGCAGCCCCUGGGGUCCCUGCUGAACUAUCCCCACCAGGAGAGACCCCCAAAGGCAGAGCCAGGAGAAAGCCCUGAGCACUGCUGGGUGCGGCCCCAAAUCAGACAAAAGAAUCGGGGAGGUGGGGGGGGGGUCCAGAGAAGCCCGGGGCGGGGGCCUUGGCACAGCUGCAGCGGCCCAGGAAGCAGAUGGGAGCAGUGAGGUUAUUCUUGUUCCUGCAGACCCCAGAGCUGGCCCCAAGGCUCCUGGCCAGGGUGGCGCCUGCAGCAGCCCCUCAGGCUGGGGUCCCGCCCCACGCCUGUACAUCUACUGAGACCCCAGGAGCAGAGCAGGUGACCGCCCGGGCGACAAGACAGUGGGGAGGGCGUUUGCCUCGCACACGGCCCACCUGGGUUCCAUCCUGGCAUCCCAGAGGGUCUCCCUGAGCAUCACCAGGAGCCAUUGCUGAGCACAGAGCUGGGAGUAACCCCUGAGCAUCGCCGGAUGUGACCCAAGAAGUCAAAAAAAUAAGGAAAAUAAAACCCUUAGCAAAGCAGGGUACCCCACCCACCAUCACCCCCCGACACACACACACACACACACACACACACACACACACACUCUCUCUCUCUCUCUCUCUCCUGUCUCCCUGUCUCCUCUCUCUCCCUGUCUCCUCUCUCUCCGUCUCCUCUCUCUCCCUUCUCUCCCUUCUCUCUCUCUCUUCUCUCUCUCUCCCCUCUCUCCCCUCUCUCUCUCCUCUAUCUCUCUCCUCUCUCUCCCCUCUCUCCUCUCUCUCCUCUCUCUCCUCUCUCUCUUCUCUCUUCUCUCUUCUCUCUCCCUCUCUCUUCUUUCUCCCUCUCUCUUCUCUCUCCCCCCCUCUCUCUCUUCUCUCUCCCCCUUUCUCUUCUCUCUCCCCCCUCUCCCCCCUUCUCUCCCCUCCUCUCUCCCCUUCUCCCCCCCUCUCUUUCUCUCUCUGCCCGGGGCCACUGAAAUCAGAUUUGAAGGUGCCCCUUUCCCAUGGGAAUCCCCCGCACACCCACCAAUGGGACCCCAGUGGGGUGGGGUGAGGGCGGGGGCUGUAGAAGAGCCAGGGCUGGCCCCGGACAGGAGCAGGCGCCGUCUAUGGUGCCCCCAACACCUACAUUUCUGCCACGUUCUCUGAGCUCUCGUUCUUCGGAGCCACUGGGUGCAUCUCUGAUUCGGGGGCCAAGUACGUCCCUUCUCUCCCCGACACCCCCUCCCCCCCCGAAAGACUCACGGCCGCCACAUCUGGCGUGAAUUCAGAGGCUGGCUGACUCCUGAUCACAUCCCCCCCCUCCCCAACCCCUGUGCUCCCAUAGGCUGGUGGGGAAACUGAGGUAGCAGAGGCGGAGGGUGGGGAGCCCGCACUCAAAGCUGCCAGCCGGGCUGCAGCUGGUGGUGGCGGGUGGACGGGUGGGAACCGAGGCCUCUGGGGAGAGUGUUGGCGACUUCUCUCCUGCCACUUUCUAGACCAGCGUUUCACAGGGUUCGAGCCCCUCGAUGUUUUCUUCUUUCUUCCCAGCCGGUUAUCCAGACGGGGUGCCACCCUAGAGCAGAGAGCCGGGGUCAGAGGCGGGCUGAGGGAGGACCCCCAAACUUCGCUCCCUCUCAUGCCUUCCCCUGGGGUGGGGAUGCCUGGCUGGGUGGCCCCCAGUUUCAGGGGGAGUAGGCGAGUUCGCAGCCCUUGGGCCCACCUUGCUCACCACUCAAGUGCUCGGGGCCCAGGAUGUUGCCCGUUUCCACCUCUCCAAACCCACGGAAGGGACCCAAAGGGCACCCAGGCCCAUAGUCCAGCAGGGAGGGUGUUUGCCUUGUACACAGCCGACCUGGGUUCAAUCCCCAGCAUCCCAUAGGGUCCCCCGAGUACCGCCAGGAAUAAUUCCUGAGUGCAUGAGCCAGGGGUCAGCCCUGAGCAUCGCCGGGUGUGGCCCCAAAACAAACAAAAAAGGGGGCUUCCACCCAUAUCCCCAGUCCUCUUUUUCCUCCAAGCUGGUGCCCCAAGACCCCCCUGGGCAUUUUGCACCCAGGCUGUCCCCCCUAGACACUGUGGUUUAAGACACCCCCAUCCCCUGCCCCCCCCAAUUUCACAAUGAACCUGCCCAUUUCCAGGAAUAGGCUGCUCCCCAAAACACUCCAACCUGACCGGAGAGAAAUGGGGGGGUCCCUCGACCUUAUGGGCUGGCACCCUGGUCACCCCUGACCUCGAUCCCACACGCAGACCCCCACAUUCCUGAUUUAAGAGCUGUGGGGAGGGGGGAACCCCUGCCAGGAAGGGGGUGCAGAGGGGCACCGGGGGGGGGUUUCUGUGCAACCUGGGGGCUGACUAGGGGUCUGGGUCUGAUUCCUGAGAAGGCGAGAAUCAGGCCAGUGUCCGGGGCACCAAGUUGGGGUCCCACUGAGAGCCGGGCCCUGCCCCAGACUUAAGAGCAAGCCGCCAAGAUAGGGGGUCACACACACCCCCACCCACCGACCUACUCUCCACUCAUACCUGCUCUUUCUGGGGAGCCUUCCUGGCCUCCUGGGGGUUGGGGACAGCCCAGACUUAGCUCCCCGACCCCAGCACCCCGAAAGCCUUAGGGGGAAGCAGAAACCAUCUAAAGAUGCUGAUUCUGGACGAAAUGAAAAUGGCGUGGGGGUCGAGGUUUGCCAAAGCGACGGGAGAGCGGGGAGGGUGCUUGCCUUGCACGCAGCUGACCCAGGUUCGAUCCCCGGCAUCCCCUAGGGUCCCCUGAGCACUGCUGGGAGUGAGCCCUGAUGUGAAAAGAAGGAGUCAGCCUUGGGGACUUCCGGGUAUGACUAAAAAAAAAAAAAAGUAACCAAAAUCAUGAGGUUCCCCCACCUGCUGCCCAGGGGCCCCCUGGAGUGACCCCCAUGCAGAGGUUGUGAGAACUUGGCUGUAAGUCCCCCCUGCAGCGGGGGGUGGCCCCAGCAGGGAAGGGGAAAAGGUGGGCACACCUGGAUCUGGGGGUACACAUACAAUGUGCUCUCACUUGCACCCAGCAUUUGGGGGACCUGGGAGAGGGGGUGUCAUACCCUCCUAGUUCAGGCCGUGGAGGAGAAGCCCCCCGCUGCUGCCCAUGGAGUUUGCGUUUUGGGGGUCCGGGGAGAGAACAUGGCCCCGGUGCUGGGGAGAGGCGCAGCUGAAGCCAGAUUCUGGUGCCUGUUCAAGCCAGUCAGCCGCCGGGUCAUGCUGGGGGGCCGGGGGCCUGGGGGGCCGCAGGCCUGGGUUUCCCUCCAGGUUUGAGGGUGGCGUGUGCUAAGAGCUUUUAUUUCCCCCCCUUUGGGUUGGGUUUUGAAUAACAUCGAAUCCCUGUACACUAUGCAAAACGUUUUGUAAAGCAUUGCAAUAACGCGGCGAGAUACGCGGAACUAUUUUCACUUUAUUACGCUUUCUGUAUAAAAAUUAAAAUUUGUAUUUAAUAUUAUUUCGACAGCGGUCUUGUAAAAUAGAUUAAAAAAUAAUGAUUGG